CUGACGCAAGCGGUGAGAAUGAUGGAGUGUGAAAGAGUCAAAUAGCAGGAGGAAGAAGAACACGUCACUUUAGUGAUGGCACAGAAUGGCACGGUGCAAGCACGAUCACAACUGAAUGAUUACAUGUUGCGUGGAACGGAGCUGGAAGGAUAUAGUUUGUAUAAUUUCUUGCAAGACACAUACGAAGAAUGGACUGCAAGGGCUUUUCGGAGUGGAGAAGCCAACGAUGCUAAAGAGCCUGGAGGGAGGGGGAGACCUCGGCACACCAGGUCUUCUUACGGACCAAAACAUCGUUACCAGGAAACUAAGAGAAGAGUGGUUCGUGAGAAUCAGCACAAUACCGUGGUCGACAUUGUGGGUACAUGGAUCCCUAGAGUAUCCACAGAUGGCAACAACGACUUGUAUUAUGCAAGUCUGUUGAUGUUGUGGAAAAGUUGGCGAGGACCAAAGGAUUUAAAGACAGAAGGGGAAAGUUGGAAAGAAGCUUACCAGGCUUUGGAGCAGCAAAGUCCAACAAUAAAGCAUUUCGCUUCGAAUGCACAGUACCGCUACGAAUGCAAGGAAGCUGCAGACAAAGAUGAACGAGAAGCUGCAUGGGGUGGAGAGAGAGGGAAAGAAGGAAAGGAAAGGAACGCUGAGAGUGAUGGUGAGGAGGAAGAAAGUGAAGGUGGAGAUAAAGGAGAGGAGACCAACGUGAAUCAAGGUACAAUAGAACAAUUGUCCGUGUUCAUUGCAUCUCGAGAAAUGACAGAUGAGGUGAGAGAUUCUUUAGAAGACUAG